CCGCAUUGGCAAGAGGCUCUCGGCUCGGCUUGGUUGCUCCCUCUGACGGGAUUGGUGGUUUCCUCUCUUGAAAGUCGACUUUCCAUCAUCAACAACACCAUGCAGUCAUCUGCCCCCCUUCCCCCAGACUACAACCCGCGGCAACACCAAGCAACCGCGUCCUGUUCCAUAUUCCAUUACGAGAUUCUUACCCCAGAGAAAAGCAUCAAAGAAACCACCGGUGACCGAGCGCACUGCUUCUUCCUACGUCCGCGCCACCCCUCCCCUCUCUCCCCCCGGGGCCAUGUGACUGAAUUGGCACCGGGAUGGUUUCCCUUACAUGGCCCCCUCGGGCGUCAUCCUGCCCACUCACCCACUUGA